CGUGUGUGUGUGCGUGUGUGUGUGUGUGUGGUACAUAAGCAGAGGGAGAGAAAGUGAGACCAGGAUAAGACCACAGUGGCUGAGAAGUGAUGAUCGGUCACACAGCAAGCCGCUGCGCUCUGACGCUCUGGAUCCGGCUGAUUAUUUUUCACCGUUUCUCCUCCACUUUUCUUCCUCACGUCGUUUCACUGAAACCAGAACAACAGGAUUGUUAUUGCUGCUUGAGGAGGAGCUGAAAGAUGAAAAUGGGAAAAAGAAGCAGCUGAGACUUCAGGACUUGCUGUAACAAAGAGAAGAAGUGAAGAUGAACUCCACGGCUCAGCAAGGCUUGAUCCCAGGCUACCUGAACCGGAGCCUCUGCUUGGGAACUCUGCCGGAGAAAGACGUUUCCGGAGAGGAGAAGGAUUCCUCUGCCGGCUGCUACGAGCAGCUGCUGAUUUCCACCGAGGUCUUCCUCACGUUGGGCAUCAUCAGCCUGCUGGAGAACAUCCUGGUGGUCGCCGCCAUCAUCAAGAACAAGAACCUCCACUCCCCGAUGUACUUCUUCAUCUGCAGCCUGGCGGUCGCCGACAUGCUGGUCAGCGUCUCCAACGCAUCGGAGACCAUCGUCAUAGCGCUGAUCAACGGCGGCAGCCUCACCAUCCCCGUCACGCUCAUCAAAAGCAUGGACAACGUGUUUGACUCCAUGAUCUGCAGCUCUCUGCUCGCCUCCAUCUGCAGCUUGCUCGCCAUCGCCGUCGACCGCUACAUCACCAUCUUCUACGCCCUGCGGUACCACAACAUCGUCACCAUCCAGCGGGCGUUGCUGGUCAUUGCCGGCAUCUGGACGUGCUGCACCGUCUCCGGCAUCCUCUUCAUCAUCUACUCGGAGAGCACCACGGUGCUCAUCUGCCUCAUCACCAUGUUCUUCACCAUGCUGGUCCUCAUGGCGUCGCUCUACGUUCACAUGUUCCUGCUGGCGCGCCUGCACAUGAAGCGCAUCGCCGCCCUGCCGGGCAACGCGCCCAUCCAGCAGCGCGCCAACAUGAAGGGCGCCAUCACCCUCACCAUCCUGCUGGGGGUGUUUGUGGUGUGCUGGGCGCCCUUCUUUCUGCACCUCAUCCUGAUGAUCACCUGCCCCAGGAACCCCUACUGCACCUGCUUCAUGUCCCACUUCAACAUGUACCUCAUCCUCAUCAUGUGCAACUCCGUCAUCGACCCCAUCAUCUACGCCUUCCGCAGCCAGGAGAUGAGGAAGACCUUUAAGGAAAUCUUCUGCUGCUCUCAGGCUCUCUGGUGUAUUAACUUUCUGUGAGACGCUCCAGGUAUUUCAUCUGUAAUCAGUGUGCAGAGCUGCAGGUCUGCAGGAAGAGUGGGGUUGAUUAGACGGUUGGCUAACACACAGGAUUUGUCUGCAUUCAGCAAUGUUGUGACUAAAUGUCAGUUUUGCAGCUGCACAGAUUGAAAAUACUUCAGUAUAUGAUAUAUUUCAAGCACAUUAGACAGCUAAGAAUGAGAUAAGACACUAACUUUGCUACAACUGAGAUUACUUUAUGUCUCCAUUGGUUUCUUGAACAUGGAAGCAUUGAGGUACGACUUUAUAGCAUCAGGAUAAUAACGUUACUCUUAACUGUAAUCAUAACAUCGUAGGGCAAAAAGGCAAAUCAUGACUUAUAAGGUGAUUAUACCUUAUAAGACAACUACAGUGGGCUGCACAGUGGCGCAGUUGGUAGAGCUGUUGCCUUGCAGCAAGAAGGUUCUGAGUUCGAUUCCCAGUC